GGUUUAAUUAGUAUUUAAAUUGACAAGAAAAUCAAAAUGAAAAUGAAAUAAAUUAAGUCAAUUUAGGAUCGCUGACCAAGAUCAGGUAUCACAACACCGUUGUGAGUUUCAGGUCAUGGUGGUUGAGAUUCAAAUCGAGUGCUUUACACCAAAUGUCGAGAACUAGAAAAGGAGCACAUCCCCAACCACAGACAACGGAGCAGCCGCCUCCGCCGCCGAAGGACAAUGGCCCCAUUGAAGUGCUGGUCUUUGGAUCCAUCAACAUGGACUACAUAACUUACCUCAAUGAGCUGCCCAAGCCGGGUGAAACACUCCAAGCGAUGUACAGAGAGCAAUGCUUUGGCGGCAAGGGGGCAAAUCAAUGUAUGGCAGCUGCUAAAUUGGGGGCCAACUGUGCUUUGAUUGCCAAACUCGGACAGGAUGAUUUGGGCAGCAUUUACUACGAGUAUUUGCAACAAAUGGGCAUCAACACAGAUUAUGUAGAGCAGCUGGAGGGAGUAGAAACGGGCAUUGCCCAGAUCAACGUGGAUGACAACGCGGAGAAUACAAUUGUCGUGUUGCCCGGUGCUAAUCAAAGGCUCAACAGUAAGGAUGUCUCUGCGGCCAAGAAGCUGUUCAAGACGGCCAAAGUGUUGCUCUGUCAGCUGGAAACGAAUCACAAAGCUGUGCUUUGUGCUCUGAAACUAUUCAAAGGAGUUUCCAUACUAAAUGCAGCGCCUGCCAUGAAGGACAUGCCACCCGAACUGAUCCAGGCAGCCAGCAUAUUGUGUGUCAACGAGGUGGAGGCAGCCCAACUCACCGAUCGCGAGGACAUCAAGACGCUACAGGAUGCCAAAGCGGCAGCUGGCGAGUUGUUAGAGAAGGGUGCUCAAAGUGUCAUCAUUACGAUGGGUGCUUUGGGUGCUGUGCAUUUAUCUCAAAGUGAUCCGAAGUAUUGCAUUCAUUGCCCGGCGGCACCGGUGCGCUACUUGGCAGACACUUCGGGGGCUGGAGAUGCUUUUCUGGGCAGCCUGGCCUAUCACAUUCUUCGCUUUCCCAACCUAAAUCCCGAGAGUCACAUUUAUGCGGCGAAUAUUUGUGCUGCCUACUCAGUUGGGCAUCGUGGCACUCAGCCCAGUUUUCCCGGUUCGGAAAUCGCACAAGAUGAUUUGUGUCAUAUUUAUCCGAAUUUUUGUGUGAUUCCUGAAGAAACCGAAGAGGAGGCGACGCUAAGGAAGAAACAAGAAACAGAGGCCGCAAAGGCAAAAGAAACUGAAACGGCUGCCAAGCCAGAAGCUGCGCCUGCUCCGGUUGCUGCUGCCACGCCAGAACCAGAGCCAACUCCAGCUCCAGUGGCUGUGGCAGAGGAGCCACCAACAGCUGCCGCUCCAGUUCCCGCUCCUGCACUCGUUCCCACUCCCAAUCCCAUUCUGGCUGCCUCUCCAGAGCAAGCGCCAAUGCGCGGCUCAAUCGCAACACCUCGCACCUCAAGCAAUCAAACAGCGCAACCCAAACGCGUCUCUCUGGAUACACGAGAAGUGGCAGCAACUAUGCCAGCAGCACGUGUUGCACAACGUGCCACAGAAGUGGCAGCAGCGAUGGUCUCAUCUCAAGCCACACAGCGGACCAAAGAGGUGACAGCUCAUGUGGUGCCCGGACGCAUAAUGCACAAGCCUCGUAAGGUACAAGUUCAAAAGAGACCGAUCCCAAAUCGUAAAUGAGUCGCUGAAACACAAUCAUUUGGCAAAAGUAUUUGGCAAAUUAAAUUUGUAAAUCUUUUCGAUUUUAUCUGUCAAUAAAUAGACGCAUAAUUAAAACGACCAUUGAAUGUU